UGCUCCGCCCGGCGCCGCUCCCGCCCGCGCCCGGGCCUCCGAAGCCAGCCCGGCCGGGCCCCCUGCCUCGCGCGCUCUCGGCCGGGCCCGGCAGGGACCCCGUCCCCGCGGCCGCCGCCGCCCCUCCCCCCAGGACCUUCCCGACCGCGGACUGAGCGGUGGGCGCGUUCUCGCCCCCGGCGGACUACGACGCCGGGCUGAGCGGACCCUCGCGGACGCUCCGGACUCCGUGGGUGCCGGAGAGCGGACCUUCUGGGUCCCGGCUGAGCGGGUCCCGGCUGAGCGCGCCCCGGGCGCCCAGCGGUGCCCGCUCACUCCGGGCAGGGCAGGCAGACCCCGGCGGAGCCUGGAGCCGGCCGAUCGGGACUGGACAGAGCGAAUCCCGGACUGUGCCGAGCCCGGGGGAUGCCGGGCGUGGGCUGAGGGGAUCCCGGCGCCCUCCGAUCCUUCCGACUUUGGCUCACGCGCUGGGACCGGCCCGGCGUCGCCUCGGUCGCCCUGCGCCCGGGUCACCUGUGGCCUCGGAGCCCCUAGCCCGCCGGACCCUCGCUCGUUGCCGACCCGGAGCCCGGCGGGGGUUGGGGGAGAUUUUUCCUGCCCCCUUCCUUGGAGCGCGGAGGCCCCGCCCCCUCCCACCGUCCAGAUGUCUCCCGUGGCUGCUCUGAGGACCUCCCUCAGGCCAGGGGCCGAAGGGUCCAGAGAGAGAAGCCCGCCCUAGGGAGGCUUGGGGGCCCCCCAACCUUCUCUUGGGGCUUGGCCCCCGACGCUGCUGGAAGGAAGGCCGGUGCCCCCACCAUUGGGGGCUGCCCUUCUCCGUCCAGCUCCCUUUUCAGAGCUACCCACAUCUGGAGCCCCCUCCACAUCCACAUCUGGAAGACCCCAGCCACCGGCCCUCUGCAGGUGUCCGUUGCUCCCCAAGACCUCUGUCUUUGCAACUGCCUAGGAGUUGUGAGGGAUUACUGCUGCCUUCCCCCAUCCCAAGGGCAUCUCUUACCCUUAGUCCCUGCAGAGUCAUCCCCCUGCCUCUGUGUCCAGGCUCAGCCAGAGAUCAGCUCAGCACAGGCACAGGCACUUCAAGUCCUGGAGGCCACUCCUGAGACCCAAGGCCCCUCCCCCUGUCCUCCUGUGUCCUCACCUUGACCCCCUCUGUCAGACUCUGUCUUCCUCUGGGUGUCCCAUUGCCCACCCAGAGGCAGAGGAGGCGGGGUGGCAGGGGGCAGGGGCCGGGUGAGGGCCACCCAGGGCCAGGGUGGGCUGGGGGGCCGUUAAGAUGUGGAGCUCGGCCUGGCCGAGGGGGGCUCCGUGGAGGCAGACGCAGCGUGUGCCCGGCUGGGGGGAAUAUGGACGGGCCUGCAGCGACGUGGUAAAGGAUGAACAUUCGGGGCGCCCCGGACCUCGGGCAGCCCAGUGACGACCCCAGCAGUGGUGGCCAGCGGGAGCGGAUUCGACAGCGCAUGAAGAUGGUCAUCGGGCAGCUUGAGGGCAUCCUGCAGGAACUCAAGGAGGUGGCCAAGGAGCUAAGGGAGGUGGUGAGCCAGAUCGAUAAGCUAACCUCAGACUUCGACUUUGAACUGGAGCCGGACGACUGGACCACGGCCACUGUGAGCAGCACCUCCAGCAGCGACAAGGCGGGCGUGGGCGGCCCCUUCGACCUGGGGCACCUGGACUUCAUGACAGCUGACAUCCUUUCGGACAGCUGGGAGUUCUGCUCCUUCCUGGAUGCGUCCACCCCCUCGGACUCCGUGGACGGCCCCGAGUUGACCCGGCCAGGGGCUGGCCCUGACUACCGGCUCAUGAAUGGCGGCGCGCCCAUCCCCAAUGGGCCACGGGUGGAGACCCCGGACUCCUCCAGUGAGGAGGCCUUCGGUGCUGGCCCUGCGAAGGGCCAGCUGCCCCAGCGGACCCCAGGCACGCGUGAGAGGGUGCGGUUCAGCGACAAAGUGCUCUACCACGCUCUCUGCUGUGACGAUGAGGAAGGGGACGGCGAGGAGGAGGUGGCCGAGGAGGAGGUGGGCCUGUCCCCAGAGCCACCCCGUCCAGAGGCCCAUGUGGGCCUCCUCAAGCCCUCCCCCACUCCCCACAAGCCAAGGCGCUCUCCGUUGACCAGCCGCCGCUCAGGCCCCACCUUGGCCCCUGAGCAGACCCGAAGGGUCACAAGGAACAGUAGCACCCAAACGGUGUCAGACAAGAGCACUCAGACGUUGCUGCCCUACACGGCUGCCAAACAGAAAGCCAAGGGGAAAAACUAGGGGCCAGGGAGGGGUCUGGGGGGCGGUGGGCAUAUAGAGCUAUAAAUAUAUAUAUAUAUAUAUAUUUAAACAAACGCAGUCAUAAUAAAAUUUUAAAA